UAAUAAAUAAGAUCAUCGGGCAAAGCUCUGAGUUGACUCAUUUUGUUCACUCAAGAAAGGAAACCAAAAAGAAACAAAAAAAAAAAAUCUCUUUUAGCAAAAAAAGAGAUAAUUUCGCUCUCAAAACAUUACAGUAAUUCUUCACUUUCUUGUUCUUGCAAAGUGUCUAUCUUAAAUGGCGUCCGAAGAGAGCUGGAUGAUCAAUUCUUCUUCAAUUCUAGACGAAGAUUACGACGAUACAGAUGAUGGGUUUCAUUAUCAGACCAGGCAGAGCAGUUUGUCUAGGUUAUCUAUCUGCACGAGCUCCUUUCACGAAGAUGACGAAGAUAAUUGCACAAAUCACCCAACAGAAUUGGGCAAAUUAAUCUCUGAGCUGUCGCUAGAGAGCUUUGACGACGUCGGAGCUGAGGCGGACGGAGAAAUCUCCGAUGACGGUGAAGAUUCUGAUUCCGACAAGGAAUCUCCCGGAUUUUACUAUCUCCCGACGAUCAUGUCUCGUCGGAGAAGAAAAGUCACUGUUUUGACCGGUUUAGAAAAAGAGAAAACCGAUGGCAGUAAGUGUGAUUUAGUAAAGCAAAGAAGGGUAGUAAGGGAAAAGAGUAAAAGAGGGAAUCAUUACCGUCACGGGUUUAACGGUGUGGAAAGAGACAGCGACGGAGACGGAAACCGUUACGUUGGAGGAAGAGAAUUGACGGUGUUAACGAAGGUGAAAGGAGGAAAGAAGUCGAUGAAGAUGGGCCUUGAAGAAGUUAAGGCUUGUAGAGAUCUCGGUUUCGAUUUGGAAGUUCCGGGUCGGGUUCCGGUAUCUGCCGGGUCAAACCGGGAGACUCAGACUAGUAGUGGCGGCAACUCUCCCAUUGCCAACUGGCGUAUCUCAAGUCCUGGGGAUGAUCCGAAGGAGGUUAAGGCGAGAUUAAAGAUGUGGGCACAAGCGGUAGCUUUAGCUUCCGCAUCACGUUAAGCGCUUCUUAUUAGGGUUUGGUCUUUCUAAAAUUUAGAUUUUUGUCCCACUAGUCUUACGAGUUACUUCGCGCUUUUUCUUGUAUCGGUAACUCGUUUUAGGCGUUUGUAGAUAUGAAAGCUAUACUAUAUUGUUUCAUUGAAUGUUGAAAUAAAGCUACACAAUCACUUGUAAAAGAACCCAUUCACGUG